AUGGCGCCACCAAAGAAGCUUACUUUAAAUAGAACUAAAGAGAAACCCUUGCUUCAAUGCCCUGAUUGUGAUAAGAUCCUACCAGACAAAUCAUCAUACGAGCAGCAUCUCAAGCUCCACUCCGAUGACUUCCCAUUCUCCUGCAGCAUCUGCUCCUACAAGUGUAAGAUCAAGAAGUACCUGUCACGCCACGUCAAGAAAGUCCACAAUAAGGCCAAUGGCCCGGAGUGCCCUGUGUGUGGGAAGGUGUUCCACUUUGAUUCCAACUUGAAGAAUCAUAUGCGUGUACAUACAGGCGAAAAACCUUACAAGUGUGGAGUUUGCAAAAAGGCCUUCAGUUCAUCGUAUUGUCUUUCGAUGCACAACAUGAUACAUACUGACGAAAAGCCGUACCAAUGCAAGUUUUGUGAUUACGCAUGCAGAGACAAUUCGACGCUGAGACGACACCAAGAUAGGCAUAUGGGCAUCCUCAAGAAAUAUCCCUGCACUGUAUGUAAAAAGAUUUUCAAUACGAAUAAAACAAAACAGCUGCACAUGGACGAAGUACAUUACGGGCUGGAUACGCGAAGAUUUCCUUGUGAAAAAUGCGACAAAGCGUUCAAGACCAAAACCGCUUUAAAUCUACAUGUGAAAACAGUCCACGACAAAGCGUUGCGUACCGAAUGCGAGAUCUGUGGCCGUAAUAUCAACAAGAACAAUAUGAGCACCCAUCUUCAGUCUCACGUGGACAUCAGACCCUACAAAUGCAGCUACGCACCCUGCUCCAAGAGAUUCAAAGAUCGGAGCACUCUCAGGAAACACACGUUAAUACAUUAUCCAGAAUACCACUACCAGUGCGACUUGUGUGACAGCAAGUUCCCGCGCAAGUCCAGGCUGAGGGAGCACAGGAUGAGACACGUCUCCGAGGGGGGGUACACCUGUGACUAUUGUGGAGUCUCUGCAAGUGAUGGGAUUAUGAUCAAGGACGAGCCGGUGGUGGUUAAUGCUGAGUUUGAUUUCAAUUACGACGUUCAGAAGAUUGAAAUUGACGAACACAUCCCUGACCCAGAAUAUGCAGAAGAAGCGACGACCCUCGAGUACUCCACAAAGGUUUUAGAAGAAGAUAUUUCCAGAAGUGCAGAAGGGUCCACACCGGAGAACGAAUUUGAUAAAUUCUUAUCUGAACAAGUUAAAAAUCAACCUUCCUGUCAAGAUACGCCAGAAUACGUAGAUGCAGAGACAACUCUAGCUUAUUCAGAGAGAGUUCUAGAGGAAGAUCUUUCUAGAAAUGUACUAGAAAGGGAGAAACAUGAGGUACCGGAUAACUCUUUCGAUGAAUUCUUUCUUCAUCAAGUUAUGAAUAAACAGAAAAAAAAAGUUCUGCCAAAACAAAUAAUGAAAAAAUCCGAUAGACGUAAAGUUGAAACGGUGAAGAAGAAAAUAAAGACGUUGCUCAGCGAAACCAGAUCGCGCAGGGAAGUGGAGAACUUGGAUAAGAUAAGACAGAUGUAUAACAAGAGAAUUGAAUCGGCGCAUAAGAGUGUCGGGAGGAAAGAAUCAACGAAAAUUACGUACUUUAAAAAAUCACAAAACGUUCAGAAUAAUCAUAAUUUAGAAACUGGUAAAAGAAACAUAGAAAAUAAUGAAAACAUACAAAAUGAUAAACUCACUAAUGAUAAUUCUGAUAAUCAUUCGUUACGCAAAGAUGGACGUGUUAAUGAUACACAAAAUAAUUUACUAGAAUGUAAUAAAACACAAAAUGGAACUACACAAAAUGAUAUGAAUCAUAAUCCGCUUAGUGAUAAAUGUGAUGCGAUACAAAAUGAUAACUCUGAUAUAUCACAAGGUGAUAAACGUGAUAGUGAUACCUCUCGAAACGAAAAAGACACAUCAGAUAUCACAGAAAUGGUACAAAAUGACAGAAAUGAAAAUAACACUACUGUUUAUAAUAUACCAAUCGCACAACGUAUUACUAGCAAGAGAAAUAGAUUAAGAAAGCGCAAAGUGAUGAGAUAUAGAGAUGAUGGUGAUAAGAAUGAUAGUGAUUAUGUGUGUUCUGAUGAGGAUAAUAAUAAAAAUGGGAAAAUAACAUUUGAUGGACAUGAAUGUUAUAUUUGUUUCAAGCUAUUCAAAACGAAGGAGGACUUAAAAACCCACUGCAGCGAACACUUUGACAUUUGCAACGAAAAAAUGCUAAAAAAAUGCCCAUUCUGCGGUUUCGUAACAAAUCUCAAUAUAAAAAAACACGUUGAAAUAGCUCACAAAAUAAACAUUAGUUACGCGUACGGACAUAUGACGGAGAAAGCUGGUAGCGCCAGUAACGGAUCUAAGUACGUUCUCGAAUUAAACAAUCAUCGAGAAUUAGAAGUGAUUCCUAGUAUAAGUAACUUAAAUAAAAUCGCUUGUAUGAAAAACGAUGAAAAAAAUCGACUAAAUAAAGAUAAGUUUAUAGGUAAAACAAAGUUAGUAAAAAAAGGUCGCGAGUGGGUAGUUGAAAAACAAGCGGUCAAUCUAAGUAACGAAUAUUUGUUACCGGAAUUUACCGAAGAUGAAUAUUUAAAGUUGAAACUUGAAGGUGACACUUACUUGGACGGGAUAAAAAAGCUGAGUCGUUUGGCCAAAAAGCGUGGUCUCAAAAUGCUGUAUCCUUGUGGGGGUUGUGAAAAAAUUUGUCAGUCGCUUGCCGCCCUUAAGUUGCAUAAUAGAAAACACGAAAAGAAUCCUAAACGUUUCAAACCUAAGGUUUGGAUCAAUAGACACAUUGAAUAUAAAACGAAAAAUCGUAAAAAGCAUAAAAAUAAAGAGAGAGCGUCUGCUCAAAAACCGGAUCGGCAAAUACCGGCUAAAAAAACCGGUAAAGAGUGUACUGUUACGGAAAAUCGUUUCGCGUCACCCCAACCGGUUAAAAAUAAACAUAAAUGUGAUAAACAAUUGAUUGAAUUCUACAAAUCUAAUAUAAAAGGCGGUGAUAUUGAAUUUUGGCAAUUUUUAAAAAUAUUUAACAAAAUGAGUCGUGAAAACGUCAAUGAUUUUGACGAUUUAGAAAAUAGAAAUGAUUUACAUUUCGGUUUACACUAUAAAGAGCAAAACCAACCGGUAAUUACCGAAAGCGAACCGGUAAAAACAAAGGUGCGUCCGAUAUUAGCGGAAAAAGAAUCGGUACAUACCGAAAAGAUAUCUGUCACACCAAAAAACACUAGAACAAUUAGAAAUAAUAAAAGUAAAAACUAUACUAGAGCAAUAAUGAUUAGUAGAAAAGACUAUAAGAGACGGCAGGAAAUUAAGAACCAAAUGAGAAAGAAAUUAGAAGAGAGUAGAAUGUAA